AUGAAAACCAAAAUUUGUUCUGCUUUAGCUGCAAGUGACGUCGUGCCGUACGGCGUAUCACACAUGCUGCGCAAACACCUGAGCGCGGCGGCCGUCCGGUACCACCAGCUGCGGCGCGCCCGGCGGAAGGCCUUCAAGUGGCCGGUGUGCUGGGCCGUGCUGGUGCUGCUGUACGCGCUGGCCUCGGACCUGGCCACCAGCGCGCAGUCCACCACCGCGGCCACCGCGCGGGAGAGGACGGCGGCACCGGUCUCGCCGACGGCCGAGUCGGUGCGGGUGACGAGGUCCCCGACGACGACGGUGGAGGCGGCGGGCGGCGGCGGCGGCAAGAAGCAGACGGGGGCCAAGGGUGGCACCACCACGCCCUCGCCGCCGGCCCCCACGCUGCACUCGCACCCGACCUGGCGCCCCAAGCGCGCCAACUGCACGCCGCCGGCCAUCGAACAGUUCCCGGACCCGCUGAUCGGGCCGUCGGCGCGCCGGCACGGCGGCCUCAUCAUCCACCUGUUCCUGGCCGUGUACACGUUCAUCGGGCUGGCCAUCGUGUGCGACGACUACUUCGUCGCGUCUCUGGACCGCAUCUGUGAAGAGCUAAAACUCUCCCCGGACGUGGCCGGCGCCACGUUUAUGGCCGCCGGGUCGUCCGCGCCGGAGCUGGCCACCGUCGUCAUCGGCGUGUUCUUCGCCAAGGACGACAUCGGCGUCUCUGGCGUCAUCGGCUCCGCCGUCUUCAACAUCAUGUUCGUCAUCUCGGUGACUCACUUUAUUUGUUUGUUUUGUUUAGGAUACGGUGACAUGGCUGUGUCUAACGCAGUGGGAAGCAAUGUCUUUGACAUUCUUGUGUGCUUGGGACUUCCCUGGUUCAUACAGACAGCUCUUAUCGCUCCAGGGAGUCAUGUUAACGUGUACAGCAAAGGUCUCACUUACUCGACACUGUCACUAUUGUCAACUGUUGUCUUCCUGGUGGUGGCUACUCACUUGAAUGGAUGGAAACUUGAUAAGAAGUAUGGAGUGAUUUUAAUGCUUUGGUAUUUGGCUUUUAUAAGUUUUGCUAGCCUCUACGAGCUGAAUGUUUUCGGAGACCUAAAUCCCCCAGAGUGCCCAAGUACCUAUUAAAAUAGAAACAGAGACCUCCACCAAAAGUUUAAGGUGAUUCAUUUAACUGGUCAAAGAAAAAAUAUUCAGUGUUCUAUAUCUCCAUUAUAUCAGCACAAACGUUACUGUUACAAUAUCAAGACCUCACAAAAGAAGCGUGUGUGGUUGCAGCAAAACUAAGCUCACAUGAAAACGCAUCAAGGUCAGAUAGUUGUUUCUAAUGAAUGUGGUCAGUUUGUAGAUCAUAUCAGUUGUUUCAGUUUGGCUGCUAAUUUUAGAACAUUACUUUACAUUCUAGACGUAAUAAUUCAACCUGACUGCCCUUUGAACAUUCCAAUUUAAAGGAUAUUUUUUGUGUUAGUGCUUUACCUUUUUUUUCUGUAAACUAUAUUGAAUAUCCAUAUAUGCUGAAAUCCUUCCAGUGAGAACACAUAGUCAAAAUGGGGUCUUUAAAAGUCAUUCUGAAUUCAAAAUCGCAACCUGCUGGAAGGACAAUACUUUGAAAUGGAGGGUCAAAAUGACACAAAAUGACACUAGAUUUUCACUUGGGCUCAUGUAUAGAAAGAAACUAAAAAUUUUCAUGCAAUUUUUUCAAACAACGUAAAUUUGUAAUCAACUUUUGUUGUUCAUUGUUAAAAAAAAAAAAAAAAACAAAUUUUAUCGGCUAUGUGUUUUUAGAUAGAAAAUUAUUUUAACGUGCAAAGUUCUGAUGGCUUGGUCCUUUUUUUUAAGAUUAGGGUCAAAUUUAUUUUUUGAAAAAGUUUCUAGUUGUGAAGGUUCAAAGUUUAUGGUAAUGGAACAAAAAAGGAUAUUUAGGUCUUAUUUGAAACAAAUGCAAGAAUGACAUAAGCAUACCUUUGAAUACUCUUGAGCAGAACCUAUAGAGCUUAUUUUCACUACAAGAAGUUACAGAAUCACAUUUCGCAUCAAUAAUUAGUGUACAGUGUACAGAAAAGUUUCAUUUACUUGAAUUUCAUUUAUGUCAUCGUUACAUGAGUUAUUCUGAAUCUCAGUAUGAAAAUGGAAGUUCUGAAAGUGAUUUCUUUAGCCCAGCCCUCAGUGUUCUUCAUCUGGAAAUCAAUCAUGGGUCAUUCUCCGUUUAAUUAAAAUCAAGCAGCUAUAAAGUUGAAACUUUAGCAAUUUUUUUUCACGCCAAGGAAGACAACUUGUAUCAAAACAGGUGCACUUUGCAAUUAAUUGUUAUCCGUAUUUGCAGUUGAAGAGUAAAAGAGUUACUUUACAGAAGCACUGGCUUGAAAAUCAAAUAUGGUUGUGAUAGAUUAAUAAGUUUAAAACAUUUAAGCUUUUAAAUGUUGCAAGCUGGGAAUUACAUUGAACAACCUUUAUCUUCACUUGCUCUGCUGGGGCAAACCUGGGAUUUUAAUGAGUUUGAAGUAUCCAUGCCUAGUUAUUUGAAUCUGAGGGUGAGAAAGGCAAACCGGCUUUGAAUUCGCUUUUGGCAGAGUUGGAUUCUCAACAAGAUAAAUUAGGAGAUUGUGAAUUAAAACCCCAAUAUCAGAAAUAUUUGUCACGGCUGAACAAAAGUGUUCGUAGUGCAACGCCUGUAAAUGUAGAUUAGGCAGAUAAUUUUUUGUGUCAAUUUAAAUUUUAAUGUGAUUGUUUAUAACUUAGAUGAUGUUAUCCAAAAAAACAACAACAUCAUAUCCAAGUUUAUGAAAUUUUUAAAAGCUGUAAUAGUGGCUUCUGCUCUUAGAAGUCCAUCCUCCUUUCCAAAAGCAAAAAGGAAACUAUGUAAGAGUUGUCUGUGCUAACUAUUAAAUUUAUGACAUUAAUAUAAUUGAAAAUGAAAGAUAAAAGAAAUGUCGAAGCUCAAUCAUGUACAGAGCUGCAACAAUUCUUUAAAGAAAUCAAUGUAUCUAGGAAAGCAGCAUUAAUUAAAAAUUGAUCUGCAUGGUAAUUUUAAGUUGUAUUUUAACAUAAUCCUGUUGUACUACUUAUAUUCCAUUAGAUUAUAUCAAUUUAAGAGCAAGUAAAAUUUAGCUCUUACAUGUAAUUAAAGCCUGUUUUUUUGUUGGGGAACUGAUGUUAUAUCUAUUCAGUUGUCAGGUUGCGAAGUAAUGUUAACCACAUGAAUGCUUUAUCAGUGAGUACAAAGAAACUUGUAUCCCUUUGGAUUGCAUGAAACAUGGCUAAAAGAGCAGUGUCUUGUGUGAUACUCUAGUUAGGAAGACAAAAUUUAAUGAUUGUACACAGGCUUGCAUGUUAUAGUUAGUGUAAGUAGAAUGAGACUCCCUCAAAUGGUGAAUGAAGGGGUUGCAAUGUACAAAUCAAAUAUUAAGAUUUGUCAUCAAUUAACAUGCAUCCCUGUCAUAAUGAAACACAUGACAAUAAUUAUAAGUCUUGUUACAAUAGAUAUGAAAGCUCAUGUUUGGUGAUACUUUGCCAAUAAUGCAGUCAAGGUCUAAAUUUGACAAGAAGCAAAUUGUACACACAAUACUCAUGAAUGCAAAGCUUUGAGAAUUAUCUGCCAAAGGAAUCUCUUCAAGUAUAGUUGGAGUAACACUUCUACUUAUGUAUGGCACUAAUGUAAUUGUGUGUUUGAUGUAAUUAUUUGUUUUCAGUCCCCUGCUGCAUGUACCAUGGCAUUUAUUAAAAAAUCACAAGUGAA